AUGUUACUACUCUCCUACGAGGCAUUUGGCGUGCCGCCGACUGGAUUCGAUCUUGGCAGAUCAUUCGUUCGAUCCGACAUUGUCUCGCCAUCCGUUCUGGCCGGUAUUCGAAUACUGAUUUCCAUCUACAUCUUCACCACCAUUGUGGUCGCCUACGCAUGGCAAGCCGGCCAUCAUGCAAGACAGUCCCUCGGCGAUGUCAACAUCGAUCCGUAUAUCAUCGUCACUGGGAGGGAGAUGAUUGGCAAGACGUUUAGCUACUUCACCUUUCUGACAUGGUGGUCGAUGGGCUUCUACUUUGCCAUUGCUGGAUUUCACACGAUCUAUCAUGCGAGGCGAAGACAGCCGUAUCUACACAGAUGGCCAAAGUAUCUGCAGCUGCUUCACAGCUUGUUCUACUCGACGGUCAUUUCGUUUCCUUUCCUGGUCACAAUCGCAUACUGGGGAUCGCUCUGGGGCCGCGUAUGGAUCAAGCAACGAUACGUCGAAUGGCUGAACUUAUCCGUCCACGCCCUCAACUCAGUCUUCGCGCUCGAAGAAAUCAUGUUACCUGCCACGAGCCCUCCACCUCCAACGCACCUCUCCGUGGUCCUCCUUAUCCUGUCAGUGUACCUGGGCCUAGCCUACCUCACCAAAGCCACGCAAGGCUGGUACGUCUACGAAUGGAUGAACCCGGCCCACGGCAAUGCCAGCAUCGUCCUGCACGUCUUCAUCUACGCCGCCGUCAUGAUAGCCAUAUUCGUCGCAGUCUGGGGAGGGAUCUGGCUGCGCAAGAGGCUCACCAAUCGACCGAGAAAGCUUCCCUCCACUCCGCAGCGAAUCGCGAGUGAUACGAGCCAAGAGACAGCAGUCAAGAAAGGCCAGGAACUGAUUUUGACCAAGUCGUGGCGGAUACAGUGGAGUUUCGAGGUGCAGCACCAUAUCAGGCCCAAGAACGGCGACAUGAUAUGA